AUGCUAAAGCAGGAAAACUUGGCCGCUAAUUUUUGCGGUUUACUAUCCGUGAGCGGAAAUAAAGAUGUAGCAAUUGAAUGGCGCAUACUAGGGAAGGAGCAGGACAGUUCCCUGCUCGCCAGUUGGGUGUCAUUUGAUCCCAAAAAAGGCCGGGAGGAACAGCGUACCAAUGUGGGCAUUUACACGCCGAAACACAAAACCUUCGCCGUGCUGUACACCUUCCCGGGCAGGGAAAACGUUAUUCAGGCUUCGGUCAAUCUCACCCACACCCUGCUACUGUACGUAACGAAGGAAAUUAAGCAGGACGAAUCCGGUCGCAACUGUGACAUUUAUCGUGCGUUCUUGGUGGAGGUACGCCCCAAGGUGGAAUCGAUACGGCCCCAUCUGCUAGUGGAAGUUGAGCGUAACCGGCAGGUUAUGGUUACGUUCCUGUGGCGCAAACUGUCCACCUUCGAGAAGAAUUAUCAGGACAAAUUUUUGCUGCUGGUGCACCACGAGCACGUGCUGUUGUAUACAGCGUCGUUGAAGAAAAUCGAAACAUCCGCAGAAGAUGGUAGCUAUGAGAAUGUCCUCGCUGCGGGCAGCAGUAGCAGGAUCGAUUACACCAACCCAAACGCCUGGGAGCUCGAUCGGGAUGCAAUGAAAAGUGAAACGAUAACAAAAGCGUUCAUAUGGGCACAGUGGGAUCCGACCGUACAAGCGCUGUACUACAUACACCUUAAACCAACGACCAGAACCAUCUUCGAAAAGGAAGAUGAAGCUGCCGGUGAGCAGGGGGAAGCAUCCAAGCGGCUUCAACCGACCCUAUCCGCGUUUCAGUUUCACGACGAUCUACCGACGGAGACGGUACUGAACAUACCGUUAAAUUUACCCAAAAUACCUUCUUCCAGCAGCGAGGACAUUUACGAGGAUGACACUGUACCAUUGCGGAUACAUGAUUCUUCUCUAAAUCUGGUAAUAGUGAGCGAUGAAACGGGGAUGCUGUUCGUCUGCCACUACUAUCUUUAUCAGCCUAUCAAGCAGCAGGAAGAGGAAGCACAGCCCUCGAACGGUACGACGCAGAACAUUUUCGACGUACACUUUGCCUACUCGGUAACGAUUCUGCACCACGGGUGCGUGAUACACUGUGUAAUGCCGGGCAUACCGUGGGAGAAGGCCAAACUGAUGAAACCCACGUUCACGCUGCACGGUGAUCAUCACGUGCUGGUGUUUCAGGCGGAUCUGUUUAUGCAUCUGCUCGAUGUGGGACUGUCCCAUGAGCCUUCGUGCCAUAUCGUGUGUGCACCGUUUACUCGUGCACCCAUUACGCAGCUGGUUCCGUGUUUCGCCACUAACAACAUUUGCUACGAUUCGGCCACACUCGAUCUGAUCUCGAUAACGAUCCCGAAGUCGCAUCUGAUCGAUGCAUUCCGGAAUGAUACGUCGAUCGAUAAUCGGCUCGCGAUCGUGCACUAUUUUCUGGCACAUUCGAAUGGUGGUGAUAUUAUUGAAAUAUUUUCCGAGAUAUUGAGUAUCAUCAUGGAACGGCCACUCCAUCUCGACACGGUUCCACUGCUAAAGGAAGCCUUGGUUGCCGGUACGUACGCCUCGGCCAAAAAAGGGCUCACCCAGGAUCAGUUGGCCCUGUUCCGUUUGCUUCCACUGACAACCUGCAGCACGGCGAAACCAAUCGAGGCCAAAGUGGGCAAGCUAAAUGUGGGCCUUUCGCACGAAACGCUCUACAAUACCUCGAUGAUGUUGCUCUCGCCGCAGCAACGGCUAUCACCGUUUCGUAAAGACAUCUGGACCCAGCUGUGGGAUCGGCUCAGUGAUAAUGGUGGCAGUAGCAAGGAACGACCCCGCUUCCAUCAGGAUCAGGUGCGCGAAAAGCUAAUGUACUCACUGGCCUGCUACCAACCGGAAGCGCUAUCCCGCUGCACAACUCCCAUGUCACCGGCUAACCCGAUCGGUGGAUCGUUCGGGGUGGACUUUAUAACCGGCGCCAGCUCGUCCGCUGGUCGGGCACGGUUACAGAACGAUCUACCGUUCGUCGAAACGGAAGCGUGCACCGCUAACAAACAGGAGCUAGUGCUGAACGUAAAUCUGCGCGAACUGAGCAUGCAUUUGGUGAAGCACAGCGUGAAAGAGGUGACCGGUUUCCGGUGGUUAAAGAAUGCUUUCUACGAUACGAAUCCGGCCACGUCGCACGUGCAUGCGGUCGCGACACGAUACGUUGCCGCCCAGCUGGAACAAUCGCGAGCACUCUGUGUGCUUGUGUGCCGUACGGCGGGUCUUGAUCAUGCGCUAGCCGUGGAGGGUACCGAAAGCCGCGGGUUCGCACUGAUCGAUCAGCUCGAACGUGCACUGCAGGUACGAUUGUUUGCCAUGCUCGAACGGUACUGUUUGGCGGUGGAAACGCUGGCAUUUCCGCUCCCGCUUGGGUUUUGCUCGUUCUUCUCGUACCUCGGCUAUCGGGCACUGUCGUUCGACAGCUUCAUGCAGUACGUGGAGCAUCACGUAUUCGAGCUGCAGAUCGACGUGGUGAAGGUGAUCUUUGCCGACAUUGAGGAUACGCAGGAUGGGAUUCGGCAGAAGCUGAAGCUGCUCAUGAUUUUGCCCCGAUCGAGAGCUCGAAGGUUGCUGAAUAGCUGGAACCAUCCGGUGAGCGCGAUGCUGCGCGGACGCGAACACGCCAUGAACAUCUUGUCCGGGAACUCGGUCCAUCCACGCGGAUCGGCACAUCUGAAAAAGCGGGACUAUCAACCGAAAGUUUGUGAAUGCUUGCGUAACUAUUGCCAUCGUAUUUUCAUUUCAUUUGGUUGCGUUCAAUCAGAAGAAAACGAGUGUCUAGCAUCAUCACCAUUCCGCACAAGUCGAUCCUUCCGAAAGCCACCAUCAUGCACCUCAUCCUCGGAAGCGUGCUCACCCGCCUCAUCAUCCGACCUCGAUCAUAUGGAAAAUUCAUCCCGUUCGCGAAAUUUGCGUACAUACGCGAGCUUAAACGCUCUCCGUCUCGUAACUUCACCUUCGUCGCUGGUCGACUUGGAGGCCGGACAAACCGGCAGCGGUAGCGAUCGUGAUCGGGGAGAUGACGGCAAAGAAGAUCCCAAUCCCAAUGCUACUAUCGGUAGCUGCUCGCCUACGCAUUGGGCAAGAGCUCAUGUGCAGCGGUUUCGCUGCACCUCCUCUACAUCCUCCUUUCUAAUGCAACUUUGUCGCGACACUCCGGAUAAAGCUGUUCGCUUGUCGAGACGUAAUGCCGCAACUGAACACAGUAAUCGUGGCCGGGAGGAAUCGUUCCGCACGGUAACACUGAUGCUUAGUGUUGGUUAUUUAAUUGUGGCCAGCACGAUCGUCGCUUUGGUCGUGUUUGUUAUGCUAGAGUUCCGUGUUGCAUCUUCCGUUGCCUGGUAUACGCAAAUGUUGCGAAUGCUGUUUUAA